AGAGCCAGCUGGCGUUCAGUCUGUCGAGGAGAAGAAGAAGGUGCUGAAGCCCAUGCUUGCAUGCAUCCACAGGCUGUGGUCAACAGUGCUGUACAGCCUUGUGUCACACGCAGGACUAAAUAACGGUCAUAUCAACAGGACACUGGCCUCGUUUUGUGUAUCACAGCUCUUCUACUCACUUCAACCCACAGACGCCUUAAUACAAGAAUGGGAGGACAAGCAAAAGCCAAGAAGAAAAGCAAGUCUAAGAAGAAAGACAGCUGUGGAGGUUCUGGACAUACGCUUCUGUCGCCUCAGGAGAAGAUGAAGGCCAAAAUGCAGGAGAAGGCCAAGAAGAAAACAGCUGAGAAGUACACCGUUGACCAGUUACUGGAGAAGACAGAGGAGUGUAUGGACAACUUUGACUUUCCCAUGGCAAAGAUGUUCUGUCAGCGUGCCCUGGACAUUGAGCCUACCAACCUGACCAUUCUGGACAUGCUGGGAAACAUCUGUGCUGAGCUGGGAGACAUGGAUAAAGCCAAACAAGUCUUUCUGAAGGCAGUGGAGCUCAGUCCGGAGGAAGGCCACGGCAAAUACAUGUACCUGGGGCAGAUCCACACGGGCAUGGAGGCUGUGCAGUAUUUCAGCAAAGGCCUCGAGGUCAUGCUCAUUGUCCUAGACAAGCAGACCCAGGAGGCCAGUGAUAUGGGAGCAGCUGCCAUGCCCUCGGAGCCUUCUGUUACCGUGAAGGAUGUCUCUGUAGCCUUCUGCUCCAUCGCUGAGAUUUUCUUCACUGAUCUUUGUAUGGAGGAGGGAGCAGCUGAGCGCUGUAAGGAGGCCAUUGAGAAAGCUCUGCACUAUGACCAGCACAACCCUGAAGCUCUCCAGCUAAUGGCCAGCUACCUGUUCAGCGUGGAGAAAUCUGAGGAGGGCCGUGACUACUUGAUAAAGAGUGUGUCGUCAUGGUUACCGAGUCUACAGAAGAAAGAAAAGUCCCUGGCAAGUUCGGAGCAGCCUGAUGAAGAGGAAGAGCCGGCACAGAUGAUCGUCCCGCCGUACGAGUCCAGAAUCACGACCGCCAAACUGCUGAUAGAGGCUGAGGAGUUUGAGAUGGCCACAGAGGUUCUGGAGGGCCUGCUAGAGGAGGACGAUGAGGUUGUGCAGGUGUGGUAUCUGUUGGGGUGGCUGUUUUAUCUACAGCUAGACAAGCCAGACCCCACAGAGGAUGCAGAGAGCAUCAGAAAAUCAGCCAGAACUCACCUCACCAAAGUGAAAAAGCUCUACAUGAAGCUGCAUUGUGAGGACCCUCCUAUGUUGGAGCACACCGAGCAGCUGCUGGGAGAACUCGGAGGGGAGCUGGAAGCUGACGACGACGAUGAAGCCGGCCCCUCUGUAGACGGCAUCGGAGACGACUUCAUCCAAAUCAGCGAGGACGAGGAGGAAGACGAAGCCAUGGAGCACUGAUUGCAUCCUUCUGUACCUGCUUCCUCCUUCUUUUUUUAGCCUUUCCAGCCUUCGUUGCUUUGUGUUUUAGUUCACAUUUCAGAGCCUGUUUUGUCUACGACAAUAAGCAGAAAUACAGGGAUUACAAGUCCAUCUGCCAAAUGACCACAUUGCCCUUAUUUGAGAACAGCCAACAAGGUUAAACCCCAUUUCGGUAUCCAAUCAUCAACCCAUCUCUCGCUCUGUUUCAACCAGUUUCCAUUUUCUUAAUAAGUUUGUUUUGUCUGCUAUAAAAAGUGCCUUUUAUCAUUCGUACUAGAACCCAAAGUGUGUAUGUUGCCUCAUCUCACCGUGACAACAGUCUGCUGCCGAAAGAAUUUGAGUGUUUAUACUACACUCACUCCAGACCUUUGAGCCUUUCAAUUACCCUGCUGCCCCUCCGCCCUCCUGUGUGUUUUAUAAUCAUAUUAUAAAUAUGAGCGCUGUGGGCUGGAUGUAAUAAGAAGAAAAUGUCAUUAGGGAUUAAAAAUGACUUUUAAGUCAAAUGCCAGCCUCGUCUUCUUCCUCUCUGCAGCGUGCAUGAAGUUAAUAACAGCAGCUCCAUAUGCUAAUAUGUCAUAUGCUAAUAUCUGAUGAAAACUGAUGCUGAUGAAUCCCUGUUCUUAGAGUUUUUUCAUAGAUAGAUAGCAAGAAAAGGAUGUCGUACAGUGUGUAGAUAAGUGCUUCCCAAUGCUGGCAUAAAGACUGGGGUGCUCUGAUGCACUGGUUUAAUUUACUCGCAAAUUACUGAGCCCUUCAUAACUAGAAUAGAGGUAAACAAGAAAGUGCACAGGGCCGUCCCAGGGCUGGGAUUAAAAAGAGCAGUAUUUUUGAACCUCUACUCUGAAAACAUUGGAGUGGUUUGUGAAAGGCUAAUAAAAACAGAAAGCAGUGAUUAGUAAAUCGUGUUUGACUUGAUAUUGAAUUGAAAACAGUACAGAUUUUUGAUGUUUCACUUUAUGAAAUAAAUUGUUUCUCAAUAUACACAAGUACCAAAUCUGCUUUCUGCAUGUUCCAAACAUUUGUACAAGAGCAUAUUUACCACUUUGCAACAUCACUUUUCCUUUCAAACAAGGCUUAAUAAUCAUUUGCGAACUGAACAGCUGUGCUGGCCUGUAGUUGGAUUCAUCAAACAUCACUGGGAGACAGGUCUGGACUGCAGGCUGCUGCAGCGUAUCAAUGUUGCCAGAUGUAUCUCCAAAAUGGUGACUGUACAGGAGAAGAAAAAACAUACUUUGCUUUUAAUGUAAGUCAAUGGAAGCAGACGAAGUUUUCAAAGUCACUUUGGGUCCAUUCAUCUUGAAAUUUACACACAGUGUAAAGAGCAAUAGGAAUUUUGAAAUUAUGUCAAAAACUGAAAAACAAAAAAAAAUGGAGAUACAAGGUUUUGGUCCGACAGCAGCGAUAUGUUGCUUUAAUGUGUGUAUAUUAAGGCCUUAAUGAUGCUUUCCCUGAUGUGUAAUUUAAUGUCAUGAGCAGUAUUACACCCCCAAACCAUGACAGACCCUGACUUUUGGACUUUACACUGGUAACAGUCUGGAUGGUUCUUUGAUUAUUAAUAAGCAGGCUAGGUUUUAAGGCAUUGCCGUCAGAGGGAUCAAAGGUCACAGGUAUUUGGUUAUUGUUUUCGGCUCUGACCUUCACACACAGAGUUUUAUAAAGAUUUCCUGAAUCUUUCGUUAACAUUAUGACCUGUAGAGGGAGCGAUACCUAAAAUUGUUGAUGCCCUUUGAGAAACAACAUUUAUAAACUGGUGCAUUUAUACCCAAACAUGAUUGCAUCACCUAUUAAAUGUAGAUUUUGGACACUU